AAACGAGCCUGAGAUCAUCUGAUACAGACAGAUGCUCAUCGCACCGGUCAUCUCAACGCCACUUCUGUAACAAGGAUGGACCAUGACUGGCAUGGCAGCAGGAGAAGUGGUCACCGCAGCAGACACAAUGAGGAUGAGGAUGAGUCCGUCUACAUUGGCGUUCCAGUGCCACGGAGCUACAGAAGGAAGCGCAGACAUCACAGACACACAUCACAUCAUUCCCACGAUCGCGACAGUCGGGAGAGACACCACAACCGCCAUGAACACCACAAUCGAGAGGAACCAUGUGACCCAGAUGAGGGCGAGCAGGAUUCAAACGAGCUCUCUGACAUCAACUCCAUCAUGUCCCCUGCUGCAGAGAGGCUACGUCACAUCCUCAGAGAUGAAGAUGAGCCCACACCCACCCUCUUCACUGAGAUGGACACACUGCAGCAUGAGGGUGGAGAGAUGGAGUGGAAAGAGUCUGCCAGGUGGGUUAAGUUUGAGGAGAAGGUGGAGGAGGGUGGCGAGAGGUGGAGCAAACCGCAUGUGUCCACGCUGUCUCUGCACAGUCUGUUUGAGCUGCGCACCUGCCUGCAGACGGGCUGCAUCCUGCUGGACCUGGAGGGCUAUUCACUGCCGCAGAUAGUGGAUGACAUCAUUGAAAAGCAGGUGCAGGAGGGUCUUCUAGCUCCAGAGAUCCGUGAGAAGAUCAGUUUUGUCCUCUUGCGGAAGCACCGUCACCAGACCAAGAAGCCGAUCCACCGCUCGCUGGCGGACAUCGGAAAAUCCAGCCCCUCUAACCGCAGUCCGAGCCCGAGUCCUCGCUCUGGGUCGGGUUUCCAUCGCUCCACUGAGGACCUGCGAGCUCGUCAGAGCGCCGGCCUCAGCAAACUGCAUCCUUCUCAGUGCCGCAGUAUGAAUGAUAUUUCCGUCACACCCAGCACCGACCAGCUGAAGAAUAAGUUCAUGAAGAAGAUCCCCAGAGAUGCCGAGGCUUCUAAUGUGUUGAUUGGAGAGGUGGAUUUUUUAGACAAGCCGUUUGUGGCCUUCGUUCGUCUGGCUCAAGCCGCAACACUAGGGGGCCUUACUGAAGUCCCUGUGCCAACAAGUCUUUCUGGUGUGAUGGAAAGCUUUUUGGGCACGGCUUUGGCCGGCGUGGUCUUCUGCCUCUUCAGCGGUCAACCCCUCAUCAUCCUCAGCUCUACAGGACCGAUACUGAUCUUUGAAAAGCUGUUGUAUGAGUUCAGCAUAAACAAUGACAUAGACUACAUGGAGAUCCGGCUCUGGAUCGGCCUGCACUCCUGCCUCCAGUGUCUGAUCCUGGUGGCCACAGACGCCAGCUACAUCAUCAAGUACAUGACGCGCUUCACCGAGGAGGGCUUCUCCAGCCUCAUCUCCUUCAUCUUCAUCUCUGACGCCCUUAAGAAAAUGAUGAGUAUCUUCAAUUAUUACCCCAUCAAUCGAGACUUCAAGCCAGAUUACAUCAGCAGCUACAGGUGUGACUGCCAGGCUCCUGAUCAAGCGUCUCCAUUGGCUCUCAACGCUUCCUCUCCAUUAGGCCUAGAAAACAUCUCUGAUUACUCUAUGUUCAACUUCUCUGCUCUGGACUGGAAUCAGCUGAGUAAGAAAGAGUGCUUGAGUUUCGGCGGUUCCCUGGUGGGCAAAUCCUGCAAAUACGUCCCUGAUCUGGCCAUGCUGUCUUUCAUUUUGUUUUUCGGCACUUACUCCAUGACCAUCUCGCUCAAAAAGUUCAAGGCCAGCCGUUACUUCCCCACAAAGCUUCGGAAGCUCAUCAGUGAUUUUGCCAUCUUCACGUCAAUCAUGACAUUUGUUGGUCUUGAUAUGUUAAUGGGGCUUAAAACACCUAAACUGAUUGUGCCAACCGAAUUCAAGCCGACGCGGCCGGAUCGCGGCUGGAUCGUCAUGCCCUUUGGGAAGAACCCGUGGUGGAUGUGCUUGGCCAGUUUUGCACCUGCUCUUCUGGUCACCAUCCUCAUCUUCAUGGACCAGCAGAUCACGGCUGUCAUCGUCAACCGAAAAGAAAACAAACUGAAGAAGGGUUGUGGUUAUCAUCUGGACCUGUUCUGGGUGGGCAUCCUCAUGGCCGUCUGCUCCUUCAUGGGUUUGCCCUGGUACGUGGCAGCCACAGUCAUUUCCAUCGCCCACAUCGACUCUCUGAAGAUGGAGAGUGAGUCCAGCGCUCCUGGUGAGCAGCCACAGUUUCUUGGUGUGCGGGAACAGAGACUCACGGGCGUACUGGUGUUUGUCCUCACUGGAGUCUCUGUCUUCCUUGCACCAAUACUGCAGUACAUCCCUAUGCCUGUGCUGUAUGGUGUUUUCCUGUACAUGGGCGUUGCUUCUCUCCAUGGCAUUCAGGUACAUGUGGCUCUGUAAAUCUGUAGUUCAGAU